AGAAUGUAAAUGCGCGUUGUGAAGCAAGGCCCACUGCUCAUUAUCCGCUUCAAAGAAAUUUCAAGCAGGAAACCUUUUGUAAGGCUUCAUUAUGAGAAAAUGGGCGCUGUUUUUUUUUCAUGAAGAUAUUCGCAUCUCCAUUGAGGUUUCCAAGCUUCAAUAGCUAAUACUAUUUGUAAAUUUGGCUUUGGGAAUGAGAAAUUGGAGGAAUCGAUAAAUGAUCGACUGUCCCAAUAAAAAUUGAUGUGAGCAAACAGGCGAGUUGAACAUAUCCAUCCAUCAUUCAGUUUACUUAGUACGUAAUGUAUUCAUUGCAUCUAUUGAACGUAGUGAAUAGUUAGAGCUAUAACACGGUAGCCUAUGUAAUGCACAUCAGCCGUUAUGAAAAUAUCCUGAGAUUGAACUUUGAAGCAGUUUUAUUUCUUCUUUCUAGAGAGGGCAGAAGAUUUUUAUCCCUUUAUUUGCUUCAUUUCAUUCUGAUCACCGACCAGGGAAGGGCUCGCAUCAAGCUUCAAAUGCCUCGUGACAUCUCGCAAGAUACACAUGAUACAGGUGGUAUCGUUAUUACAGAAGAAAGGCCACCCACAAAUUUCGUUAUGAAGGUUGGCCCUUCACCAGGCGAUAAUGGAGCUAGUCAAAAUAAUUCUGCCGUCGAUGUACGAAAUGAUCACCAACCUGACAAUGAUGUCCCACCAGAUAGAGAAAUAUUGGUCGCAGAGGAAGCUGGUGGAAUGUUUGGCUCUAUCGCAAAUAGGUAUUCUCAAUUCUUAGUCUCCUAUCCAUCCGUGGUCUUGUUACUCGUUCUCGUGGUGGUCGUCAUCUCAGCCGUUCUUGGAUUCAUCCUCAACGAUUUCCCUUCUUUUAAUGAUCCAACAUCGGGAUUUGAAGCAAGGGGAACAGCCAUCAGCGGUAGAUUGAAAGCUUUGGGAAGAAUGUACUAUCAUAGUAACGGUGAUGAUGAUAUCUACUCAUGCCCAUCUAUAUCCAACCACUCAUCGUGUUCUCAGACCCCUGGUGUUCUUGAUCGUCAAAGUCGAGACACCGAUGUUUGGUCCAACCUAACUCUGGAUAGUGAUGGACCUGAUGGUCAAUGCAGCCUUGAUCUUUCAUCUAGGUUUCCGAUUGUUUACCAAUCUACUGACUCCACGGAGAUGUUCACCGCCUCAGGAAUGAAGAUGGUGUGUCAACGUGACGAAGAGAACUUUCGCAGACUCCCAGUCUUUAAUGAGACCUGCUCCUAUCGUACCUACAACGGAAGUUGUUGCCCUUCGAUGUCACUGGGUCAUGUGACGGCAUUGAUGGUUGGUAAAGAAUCGUGCCAAGACAUCGAUGAGAACGAUGUACUCAGAACGAAGAAGCUGCUGGAGGAAUGCGUGGGGUACUACUCCAGAGGAUGUUUGGUGGAUGACAGCAGCAGCAUGAGCUGCGACGAUGUGCCUAUAAACUGUACAUCUUACUCUGGGGUGCAUACCAUAUUCUACUAUCUCACGCCCAAGAACUUUGCCCUGCAACUAGAAGAAAAUGUUGUUUUUGAUCUACAAACUGUCGUGGUGCUUCAACCUUUGACAAAGGGAUACGAUGCAGAGACUUUGUAUGAGAGGUAUAUCAAGGAACCUCGACUUAACAAUGAUGCCGUCCAGGUCGUCGCUAUUGGUGGAAGAUUUAAAUUAAGCUUAUUUGCAGGUUUCUUGUUUUCAGACACGAUUUAUAUUGCUAUCGGGUGCUUAGUUGUGUUCGUCAUCAUUUGGAUGUAUGUGGGUUCGCUUUUUGUUGCAAUCAUGACCUUCAUUAGUAUAAUAAUGUCGAUGGUUGUAGCAUAUUUUUUCUAUCAUACUGUCUUUCGAUUGGUGUUCUUUCCCUUUAUAAACGUCGUAACAGCAGUCCUGAUGAUCGGUGUAGGAGCCGACGAUUGUUUCGUGUAUGUCGACAUCUGGAAAUUGACUAAGAAGGAAUUUGGUGGGGAUCGCAACAACCGUGUGUUGGUGGUUCGUAAGACACUGAAACACGCUGCCGCCACCAUGUUCGUUACAAGUUUCACAACGUCAAGUGCCCUCUUUGCAGGUUGCAUCAGCAGCAUCACAGCAGUCAGAUGCUUUUCCGUUUUUGCCGGUUGUUCCAUUCUGGUUAAUUUCGUCUUCACUGUGACCUGGAUUCCGGCAACUGUCAUGAUUCAUGAAAAAUAUUUCACUUGUGAUGAAGAAGUCCAUGGUGGGUCUUCCUGCAGAUGCUGUCGUUUGUGGUUCAUCAUGGUGGGAAUAUACGACAGUGUCAGCAGAGUUGGCAAUAAGAUUUUCGAGGAAUACUUGCCCAUUGUCAUCGUUAAGUUACGUAUCCUGUGGAUUAUUCUUUUGAGUGGUCUUGGAAUUGGUGGGUUCUGCGUGGUGUUUGUCGCACCAAAACUCUCUCUCCCGUCCCAAUCUGAAUUUCAAGUGUUUAGGAAAAGUCAUAUUUUAGAACAAUAUGAUCAGGUCUACAAGGGUAUUUUCAGCUUUGAGAGUAAUUCAGAAACAAUGAGAGCAUUAUUUGUUUGGGGGGUCGAACCUGCAGACAAUGGGGAUCACUGGGAUCCAGAUUCUUUUGGAUCCACAGUCCUUGACAAGAACUUUGAGGUCAAAUCCACCGAAGCUCAAAUGUGGCUUUAUAGUUUCUGUAAAGAUCUCAGAAAUUCAAGCUUUUAUGACAAUACGGCGAAUGCGUAUGACGAAUUCUGUUUCAUUGACCUAUUCAAAGAUUUCAUGGAGAAUGAUUGCACGGGUGGCGUUUCUCCUUGUUGUAAUCAAACAACAUUUCCAUAUUCACCCUCUCUUUUCAGUCAAUGCGUGCCAAUAUUUUACCUUGUUCUGUGUCAGUCUGUGGGUGGCUGUGAACGCUACAUACCUGGGUUAUGGUUUAAUUCAGAUGAUGAUAUAGUUGGAAUGGCUCUUUUAAUAAAAACAAAUGUUAAGUAUUCACUGAGCUAUAAUACCAUGGGUGACUUUUGGGAUGACGUCAAUCGCUUCCUAGAUGAUGAAAUGGCUGACGCUCCUUCUGGAUUGCGCGGAGGAUGGUUCAUAAGUGAUGUUGUCUUACAACUUGCGUUCUUUGAUCUCCAACAAGGUUUAGCUACAGGAACCCCUCUUUCCGUAGGGAUGUCACUGAUCUUCUCAGCUUGUGUCCUGUUGCUGACCGUCAGGAAUGUUUUAGUGACUAUCUACGCGGUGUAUUCCAUUGCAUGUGCAGUAUUUGUCGUAAUUGCCUCUGUGGUUCUGUUGGGAUGGGAACUGAACAUAUUUGAAUCAACGGUUCUCUCCUUGGCUGUCGGUUUGUCUGUGGAUUUCACAGUUCACCUUGGUGUUGCUUACCGUCAAGCAACGGAACCAGACAGAGAAGCUCGGUCGAUGCAUGCCCUCAAAACCCUUGGAUCGGCUGUCACACUCGCAGCACUGACCACCUUUAGCGCAGGAGGAUGCAUGUUGCCUGCGACGGUACUAUCUUAUGUCCAACUGGGGACCUUUCUCAUGAUCGUCAUGGGAGUUAGUUGGGUGUAUGCACUCUUCCUCUUCAUGUCCCUCUGCCGAACCAUCGGACCACAAGGAGCCUUUGCACAGAUCUCCAAAGCAUGUUUUAAGCGCCAAUCUAACUUGGGCGGGAAUAUUCAAGAAAUGAAACCAGGAGAAUAUGUACAUGAACAGCACGUUGACACGAGUGAUGAGAGGAUACAACGUUGACCCCCCCCCC